AUGCAGAUCUUCGUGAAGACCCUCACCGGCAAGACCAUCACACUCGAGGUCGAGUCCUCGGAUACCAUUGACAACGUCAAGGCCAAGAUCCAGGACAAGGAGGGCAUCCCUCCGGACCAGCAGCGUCUUAUCUUCGCCGGGAAGCAGCUCGAGGACGGGCGCACCCUCUCUGACUACAACAUUCAGAAGGAGUCCACCCUGCACCUUGUCCUCCGUCUUCGUGGCGGUAUGCAGAUCUUUGUCAAGACCUUGACCGGCAAGACCAUCACCUUGGAGGUCGAGUCGUCCGACACUAUCGACAAUGUGAAGGCGAAGAUCCAGGACAAGGAGGGCAUUCCUCCGGACCAGCAGCGUCUCAUCUUCGCUGGCAAGCAGCUUGAGGAUGGUCGUACCUUGUCCGACUACAACAUCCAGAAGGAGUCGACCCUUCACCUUGUCCUCCGCCUUCGUGGUGGUAUGCAGAUCUUCGUCAAGACCCUCACGGGUAAGACGAUCACCCUCGAGGUCGAGUCGUCCGACACGAUCGACAACGUCAAGGCGAAGAUCCAGGACAAGGAGGGCAUCCCUCCGGACCAGCAGCGCCUGAUCUUUGCGGGCAAGCAGCUCGAGGACGGCCGCACUCUUUCGGACUACAACAUCCAGAAGGAGUCGACGCUGCACCUCGUGCUUCGUCUGCGCGGGGGCAUGCAGAUCUUCGUGAAGACGUUGACGGGCAAGACGAUCACGCUGGAGGUCGAGUCCUCGGACACGAUCGACAACGUGAAGGCGAAGAUCCAGGACAAGGAAGGGAUCCCGCCCGACCAGCAGCGCCUCAUCUUCGCCGGCAAGCAGCUGGAGGACGGCCGCACGCUCUCGGAUUACAACAUCCAGAAGGAGAGCACGCUCCACCUCGUCCUGCGUCUCCGCGGUGCGUUCCGCGUUCUUGACAGCAUGCAAAUAUUCGUGAAGUGGCUGCAUGGCAGGACGAUCACGCUAGAGGUCAGGUCCUCGGACACGAUCGACGACGUGAAGGCGAAGAUCCAGGAGAUAGAGGGGAUCUCGCCCGACCGGCAGCGCCUCAUCUUCGCCAGCAAGCAGCUGGAUGACGGCCGCACUCUUUCGGACUACAACAUCCAGAAGGAGUCGACGCUGCACCUCGUGCUUCGUCUGCGCGGGGGCAUGCAGAUCUUCGUGAAGACGUUGACGGGCAAGACGAUCACGCUGGAGGUUGAGUCCUCGGACACGAUCGACAACGUGAAGGCGAAGAUCCAGGACAAGGAGGGGAUCCCGCCCGACCAGCAGCGCCUCAUCUUCGCCGGCAAGCAGCUGGAGGACGGCCGCACGCUCUCGGACUACAACAUCCAGAAGGAGAGUACGCUCCACCUCGUCCUGCGUCUCCGCGGUGGCCUCUGA